UCGGGUUUGAAGCGUUUAACAGAGAGAUCGUGACUAGGGGGGCUCAGAGGCGUGAUCCAGUUGGAGCGCGAGUUGUGUUGGCAGAGUGCUUAGAAAAUCAACGUUCAAACGUUCAUGCAAUGGUGGACGUCGAGAGCAAAGCAAAACCGUCGCGCACUGGUGAAAAUAGGCCGAGAUUCUUCCGGCCGGCGCCUCCGCUGCUCUCGCUGCUCGAUCACCCACUGCUGCCAGCUACUCACAUAAUCCAGAGGAUCAACAUCCCGAUCAAGCGACACUUACGGCUAGACGCUCCCCAUGACAAGUCCGUAUGCGUGUCACGGGGUCUGUCUUCGUGUUCCAAGAGCUCAACACGGCCGGGCGGUCGGCUCUUCUUUAAGUGCCACGCUGGCUGGCAAUACUGCAACAUGAAACAGGUGGAUCGGAGGGGGAGGGAUAGCGGAAGAAGCAAUGCCGAUAUUGUAGCUUCGUCGGAUUACGGGAGCGAGCUCUGCGACUGUAUGCGUCACGGUUGCUUUAUCUCAGCCGUCUACGUACUGUCCCGCGAUACGAGUGGUAGCGACUCGGAGCAAACACUCCGAGGAGGUAUACCCGACCUCAAAGCGACGUACUCCUCGUCGGGCAGAGUUACCUGUCCCCUUCGUUCCAAUCUCCGCGGCGUUACUACAUUUCCCAUCAACGUCCGGACAGCGGGGUCACCUGCGCGUGACGCGAGCAUUCCAUGUAUCGUCCUGUGCGACGUGCAUGCUGGCGAGGGUUCUCGACACUGCGGAGUUCUAAGAUUCACUGACAUUGAACCUGUGCUCACAACUGCGUGACUCCAACUAUCGGCUCCUGGUUGUGACCGCCGUUCAUCCCGCUUCGAGCGAGAAGGGGCUCGCUCGGCGCAUCCCCAACUACAGGAAUGGACGUAGGAGAUGAUCCAGGGAAGUGGCGGCCGCAUCUCGGUCAAUGUACUCCCGUGACGUACCUCGUGUUGGCUAGGUGCAGUACCAGUCCAAUCGCUCGUU